UAAAAUUUACUUAAUUAAAAAAUAUGGGUAUUUUGGGAAAGUUAUUAACGCUGACAAUACUUGUUGCUGUCGGUGCAGUAGUUUAUCAGUUAUUGCUAACACCAGAACCAGAAGUACCUAAAAUACCGGAGCAAUGGUUCGGUAAAAAGCAACUGAAAGCCGGCGAACCCAUACCUAAGGAUCCGUUGACUAUCAAUAAGUUUACAAUCAAUGUAUCGGAUGAGGUAUUAACAGAUCUCAAGCAUCGUCUAGAUUUGGCCCGUUAUGUAGAGCCAAUACCCGGAACUCAAUUCAACUAUGGAUUUAAUGGCAAUUAUCUGAAACAAGUGGUCGACUACUGGAAAACAAAGUAUGAUUGGCGUCAACAGGAAAAAGAGUUAAACAAAUUCAAUCACUUUAAGACACAAAUCAAUGGAAUUGAUAUACACUUUAUUCACGUAAAGCCAUCAAAACCGGCAAAAACUGUCGUUCCUAUUCUGAUAAGUCACGGAUGGCCGGGAUCUGUAUUGGAGUACUAUAAGGCCAUACCAUUAUUGACUGAACCGACAAAUGGUGUGGCAUUUGAAGUGAUCUGUCCAUCAAUUCCUGGUUAUGGUUGGUCUGAAGCACCGCAUCAAACGGGCUUCAAUGUACCGCAAACGGCCCGUAUAUAUGUAAAACUAAUGGAAAGACUCAAUCACAAGACAUUUUUUGUUCACGGAGGUGACUGGGGGUCAGCCAUUGCCCAGUCUAUGGCCAUAUUAUAUCCAGAAAAUGUUCGCGGAUUACAUACAACGUGGGGAUCAAUGCCCAGCAGAGGACUGCCGCUAAUAAAGACAAUAAUUGGCGCGUAUUUACCGCAACUGGUCUUCGAUAACCCCGAAUCCGACUAUAAGAUGGUGUUUCCGUUUUGGGAAAAAUUUAAAUUUAUGGUCCGAGAAUCGGGAUAUAUGCACCUUCAGUCCACUCGUCCCGACACAAUAGGUGCAGCACUUGUGAACAGUCCAGUCGGUUUAGCCGCUUAUAUAUUGGAAAAGUUUUCCGUUUGGACUAAUCCAGCCUUUUUGGACAAACCGGACGGCGAGCUGACCAAAAAGUUUACAUUAGACGAGUUGUUGACCAAUAUUAUGAUAUACUGGACGUCCAAUAAUGUGGCCUCAAGUAUGCGAUACUAUAAGGAAAAUAUUCCGCUAUUAUUUACCGACUUUAGUCUCGAUAGAUUUUGCAUCAAAGCCAGUGUGCCGUCAGCUGUGGCCGACUUUCCCAAUGAGUUGCUACGAUCUCCACAGUCACUGACCAAAUAUCACUACGAAAAUCUGAUACAAUACACAUCAAUGCCCAGAGGCGGACAUUUUGCCGCUUUUGAAGAGCCAAAACUGGUGGCCGACGAUAUCAAAACAUUUGUGGCCAAAGUGUUGGCCUUAGAGUUGGCACAGAAGUCAAAACAAAAUACUAAAAUAUAAUUGUUUUUUUUUUAAUAAACGAAUACUUAUAAGCUGUUA